UUUAUUCGUUCCGUCUCUGAACGGUCCGUCUCCAUAAGUAUUCCGUCUAAAGAUGGCGGAGUAUACGAACCUUGUCCGAAGGGCUUUGGGACAGCUGGGAGGUCAUGGAGGAGUUAGAGGUUUUCUCCUACAGUUGUUCAGGUCAGUAAGAGAACAAGAGUGUGUUUUAAUGAACUGAUUGAUUGUCGGUGAUUCUGAGGGUUUGGUAAAGACACAAGUUUAUGUUAGCGGAGUUAGCAUGUUGACAGCUAACAUUGCCUGGAUGUAAAGGCAGACUUUUAAAGAUAUUAAAGUUUGUGUUAGAGCUGUGUGUUGGUAUGGUUGUCUUAAAUGUUAAGUUUGAUGCAUCUGUCCCAUACGUGAAGGUUAAAUUCGAUUAUAAAAUGAGACUAAAGCCCAGAUAACAGUCUAUGUUAACCGGAUUUAAACCUGUGUAUACUACGGUGACCAAGAACAGCCACUGCUGCAAAUAAAAUUAAAAAAAAGAAAGAAAGAAAGAAACCACAACAGAAGUUAAUGACACAAAAAAGUGGCAAUGCAAAAUACAAAAAUAAAAGGAUACAAAUAAAAUUAGAAGCCACUACAGAGGUUACCUAUGCUAAAAGUAAAAAGUAAAUCGCCACAUUUUUUUGCGUCGUUAACUUCUGUUGUGGCUUUUUUAAAAAUCUGUACUGUUUCUUUUUUAUAUAUGCAGCAGGCUUUGGUUUCUAUUUUUUUUAUUGGCAACCUCUGUUGUGGCUUCUUUAUUUUUUUUUUUAGUUCUUUGCAGCAGUGUCGGUUCUCAGCCACCUUAGUAGACUAAUGCAGGAAGAAGUGCCAUAAUGAGGUGAAAGUAUCAGCACUUCAGUGUUAAAAUACUCUGGCAGAAGUGAAGGUCAACUACUCUUCAAUGUUUUCAGUGUCUUUACAGUAUUUACAGUGAACACAUUGCAAAAAGACAACAUUUGUCACAAUAAUAUAUAUAAUAAUAAUAUAUAAUAAUAUAAAAAGUACACUCUUAAACAAUUUAAUGUAUAAGGAGCUCAAAGAGAAAUGUCCAUACUGUAAUCUUUAAUUUCAGGUGUAAAAGCUUUAUUGCUAUUUAGCAAGGGCAAAAUUCAAAACAUGAUAACUAUGAAUAAUAUAUUGGAUGAAAAUAGAAAUGUGCAAACUUAACCAUUUGUUCCAGUCAGGCCAAAUAAACAUGCUUUCCUCAGAUUAACUAAUAGCGGAACUGAAAGGCUUUCUGGAUUUAUUUUGGUUUCAGGGAUAAUUUAUUAAAAACAAAAUCUUCGGGUAAUGGCUAAUAUGCACUCCCAAUACUGAACAAUUUUAUUGCACAGCAGUCAUUUUUAUUAUAUCUAUUAGGUCUGUCAUUUGCACAAAAACACACUUAUUUGCCUUUAUCUGGCAAUGUCACUUUUUCCAUCAUGCAGCUGUGUUUGACUCUGAUAAGCCACAACAUUAUGACCACCUGUCUGAUACUGUGCAGGUCUGCAGCUAUGAAGCUCCAUGUGCAAAAAAAACAAAACUGUGAUUCACUGUUUGAUUUUUGUUGGAGUCAGUCACAAUCACAGCUCUACUCUCUACCAUUUUUCCAAUGCAUCAACUUUGUUCUGACUUUUCCCAUCCACUAUCAUGUGCCACAAUAUUCUCUGUUCUUCUGUCAUUAAUCUUCUCACUGGGCUGAUCAGCGUAUGAAAGCGUACUGUAAGGCUUUUGACUGUCAACCCAGACUUAUUAUUUCAUUGGCAGGGUGAAUGAUGUGAAGACAGGAACCCUCGUCGGUGUUGAUAAAUAUGGGAACAAAUACUUUGAGGACAACAAGCACUACUUUUUUGGUGAGAGGAAAAAUGCUUUCUUUUUUAUUGCUUGUAAUUGUACCAAAUCUGAGUAGAUAUGUUGGAUUCAUAGUUGUGGAUGGAUGCUUUUUUAAAAUCUGCUCUUGUCUGCGUUCAGGACGGCAUCGCUGGGUGAUCUACACAACAGAGAUGAACGGGAAAAAAACCUUGUGGGAGGUGGACGGCAGCAUGGUUCCAGCUGAAUGGUACAACCUUCAAUCAGUACAAGUGAUGACAGAAUGAAUAGAGCUUAACUUUCUGCAUCUUCAGAGCACAUUUGUCAAGUUUGUCUGUUUAUUUUUUGCACAAAGAAGAAAAAACUCACCUGAUCUUCUUCGAUUGAAGUGUAAUAGUUGUUCUGUCCUCUCCCUCCUCAGGCAUCGCUGGCUUCACUGCAUGACAGACGACCCCCCGACCACACAUCCACCUGUACCCAAGAAGUUCCUCGCUGAUGUGCACCAGAUCAACGUGAGCGGCACCUCCCAGCAGUACGUGCCCUUCUCCACCACCCGCAAGAAGAUCCACGAGUGGGUCCCACCCAAAGCCGGAUCUGAGUAAACUCUGACCUCAUCUUUGUAAAUUAUGUUACCCUGCCAACGCACCAACAUGUCCUCAAUAAAAAAAAAUCUAUUUACAGACAU